GCACAUGUGUGUGUGAAUGCACAUCCGUGUGUGUUUAUGUGUGUGUGUGUUUGUCAGCAGCAUGGCAUUGCCCAGCCUCGGAAGGAAUGGCAAGACUCUGGGUUGAGGGACGUGCUCAGAGUGAACAAAUCAUGCUAAUUGUUUUGGGAAGACUGUGGAAGUUAGACCCAAGAUGAAGGCACAGAAGGAGGCUUUCUCUUGGGCAUCAGCUGCUUUUGCUGCUCCUCUCCUCCUGAUCCUUGCAGUUCUGAUUCACUCAGCAUGUGUUCAAGGAGUGAACAUCACCAGUCUUGAGACUCUAAUCAGAGGGACGGUGGGUGGAGAAGCUCUGCUUUCUGUCCGAUACUCAAGCACCAGUAUGGAUCAUCCUGUAAUCAAAUGGCAGCUGAAGAGGGACAAACCUGUUACAGUGGUCCAGUCCAUCGGCACAGAGAUCAUCGGUAACCUGCGACCAGAAUACAGAGACCGUAUCCUUGUUUUUGAGAACGGGACACUGCUGCUCCAUAACCUCAAGCUGUCUGAUGAGGGCACUUAUGAAGUAGAGAUCUCCAUCACUGAUGACACCUUCACUGGAGAAAGCAGAAUCAAUCUGACGGUGGAUGAGCCAAUCUCUAAGCCAUAUGUCCACAUGGCCACCUCCACUGUGCUGGAACUGACGGAGAAUUUCACACUAAACUGCACCCAUGAAACUGGCACUAAGACUACCUACAGUUGGGCAAAAGGUGGUCAUCCAUUACUAAACGAGACCCGUCUGCUGCUGUCACCAGACCAGAAGGUCCUGACCAUCACACGUGUUCAGAUGGUUGAUGAUGAUGUCUACAGCUGUAUGGUGGAGAACCCUAUUAGUAGCAUGAGAAGCCCACCAGUCAGACUCACCGUUUACAAAAGAAGCUCUCUUUAUAUCAUACUGUCUACAGUGGGCAUCUUCCUCCUUGUCACUCUUGUAACUAUGUGUGCUUGCUGGAAGCCGUCAAAGAAAUCAAAAAGACAGAAGUCCAAAACUAUUAAACCAAGAUCUAUUCAACAAAACCAUCACAUCAGGUAUCAAGACGUCAAGCCAGAGGAUGAUGCCAUCCCAAUAAUGACUGAUCAUGAGCGCAGGAAUCCUGUAUCACUCUACAUCCUAAAAGAGAAGGAGUCUCCUCCUGGAGAACCAGCGUCAAUGUGUGAAACAUGCACCUCCAACAGCAGCAGCCCUCCGAGCUACAGCAGCUCAAUACCUCCUCCAUCUGACUCGCUUGAGCUGCCAGCACGCUCCUCUCGCAGAUAUCCUCGCACCCCGACUAAAUCCCCACCGCACCAUCGCCGGAGGAAGGGACACAGCCAGAGCCCACCAGCCCCUUCCUCGCCCCGCAACCAAGGGUCCGGUCGGGCCUCUCAGCGCCCUGCGUCAUCGUCUCCAGCCAGGAUACCUAAGGAUCCGUCCAUCCCUCCACAGGAACCAAGAGGCUCCCCAAAAACAUAGAUGAUAGCACUGACCACUUUUGCCGAGCCCACAUGCUGCAAAAAGACAGAUACUCUAUUGACCUGCACAAAUACUUUUGCAUUAAUGUAUGUAAAUUUGUAAAGACACAAAUAUAUGUUUAUGCUCCAAAACUAUGCAUUUCAAGCUUGUUUAGCAUGUUAAAGGGAUGAAAAAAAUUUAAAUUCUGUCAUUAAUUACUCACCCUCAUGUCGUUCCAAACCGUAAGAUCUUCGUUCAUCUUCGGAACACAAAUUAAGAUAUUUUUGAUGAAAAACUGACACAUUUAAGGCCCAGAAAGAUAGUAAGGACAUCAUUAAAAUAGACCAUGUGACAUCAGUGGUUCAACUGUAAUGUUAUGAAUCUAUGAAAGUACUUUUUGUGCAAAAAGAAAACAAAAAUAACAACUUUAUUCAACAAUUUCUUCUCUUCCGUGUCAGUCUUCAACACAAUUCACGAGAGUACCACGAAUAAAUGGUGGUGGAGACUGACCGGAAGAAAUCAUUGAAUGAAGUCAUUAUUUUUGUUUUCUUUGCGCACAAAAAGUAUUCUCGUAGCUUCAUACGUCUGCUGUCUAUGAAGGGUCAGAAAGCUCUCAGAUUUCAUCAAAAAUAUCUUAAUUUGUGUUCUGAAGAUUAACGAAGGUCUUACUGGUUUGGAACAACAUAAGGAUAAAUUAUUAAUUACAAAAUUUUCUUUUUUGGGUGAACUAUCCCUUUAAGACACUUUUUCAAAAGCACAUUGUGAAUGUUUAGUUGAUUUAACACACUAGGACAGAUUCACUUUCAGAGAUGUCUGGGUACUUCAAUGUGAUUGCGCUGACUUGACAAAGCCUUCAAGCUAAAUCUAUCAAUUCAGCACAGUCCUACAGAUUAAUUAUAGUUUAAUUAUAUUUGUUUAAUUACAACUAUGGGCUUUUCAUUACCAAUUUGACAUUAUCAAAUAUGUGCGGUGGAGGGGGAAUAAAACAAUAUUUUAUUACAUGCUUUGCACAACAACUAUUAUAGACAUAUAAAAAAACAAUAACAAAUAAAAAUGACAAAAAUGAUAAAAAAGUAAAAUACAAAAAUAAAUACUAAUCCAAAUAUUCAAAAUCUAUAGUAGUAUCUAAAAAUAACUAAAACUACAACUUAAUAGAAACUAUAGACAGUCUAUAUAGUUUUUAUUAAGUUUUUGUUUUAGUUAUUUUAGCACAUCAAGUUUAAAGUAAGGUAGCCAGUGUCUGCGCUAAUGUCUAGUGUCUGCUAAAAAAAACUCAGAAUACCAUUGCAACCAUUUAGCAGAAUACUUAACUGUAAUUGCGUAACAACCAUUCAGUACACCCUAACCAACAUUUUUUUUUUUUAUGUUUAUGCAUGUAAAUGUACUGACAUAUAGAGUCAAUAUAAAAAUACAAAAACUUCAUAUGGUAAUAUUAUAUAUAUAUAUAUAUAUAUAUAUAUAUACACAUAUAUAUUAAAAAUAUAUUGGAAAACGCCUGCCCUAGAAACUGUUCAAAUAACUUAGCACCCAGAACACCAUAACACCAUAGCAAUGCUCUAGCAACCAGCCAAAACCCCCAAGCGGUGCUCUAGCAACCACCUAACUAUCUAUAUGUGUUUGAACUAUUCAAACUACACUCUAAAAAAGGCUGGGUAGUUUAAACCCAACUUUGGGUCAAAUAUGGAUUGACCCAACUUUUGGAUUAAAAAAAUGUAUUGAAAAAAUUAACCCAUCAGUUGGGUUAGUCCAUGUUUGACAACCCUGUUGUACACUUCAAGAGACUUUGUCAAGCCAACAGUGAAUGUUUGUCUUUUCUUUUCUAGUUUUUCCAUUUCCUAUUUUUAUUUUGGUGAAUGUAAAUGACAAGUAGAGUUGAUCUGUAAUAAAGAUGUUAAAUAG